AUGGGAAUAAUUGGUGAUAUUAAGGACACUUUGUCCCAGGCGGUGUUUUCUCCUUCUACUCUGUUAUCUGGCCGAGGCGGCCUGCACAUGGCUCAGAUGCUCCUGUGUGUGGUCACCUUUGUCCUGGGUGCCUUGAGAGGAGGGAGCAGCCAUACCUACUGGAUCUACGCCAUGUUCACCUGGGCCUUCUGCCCCAUCAUGACCCUCGUCAUCACCAUCAUUGAGCUGUUCAAGCUCGAUAUCGUACUCAACUUGUUUUGCAUGGACUGGCCUGACUUCGCCACAGGGAUGGCCAUGUCCUCCACGCUCAUGACCGUGUCUGUCGCCAUCAUCUACGUCAACUUCUACGCCUGCCUGAAAUGCCUGUACGGCUGGAUAGUGAGUAUAUUUGCUAUCUUGUGUGGCUUUCUCUACACACUUGAAGUGGUGAAGGACAAAUGCCUGGACGGGAAGAAAGGGAGCUACCUGGCUGCUCUGCCUGGAUUCUGGAAGGUCAUGGAGGCCUUUGUGAGCUGCAUGAUUUUUGUAUCACUGACUGGUUACAGAGACAAGCCAGCUCUGAUCAUGUGCGUCAUAGCGUACAUCAUUCCUUUCCCUAUCCUCCCUCUAAUCAUAGCCACCAACAUCCUGAAGAAACUGAGGAUGUGUUUGCCCUUUAACCUGGACAGGUUUGUGUUUAUAUUUCUGGUGAUCUCCGUCGUGCUGUAUAUAUUUGCUGCUAUCAUGUGGCCCAUUUUUAUGUUCAGAAACAACCCUCGACCCAGUCCCUGUCCACCCAGCUACUGUAUCUGGGCCAUUCAGUUCAUGGUUGCAUUUCUGACUUAUGUGAAUCUCAUUCUUUUCACAGUGGACCUCGUUUUUAGCCUGCUUGGUAUCUGUGGCUUUAAACGCACUUAG